AUGAAUAAAAAUAAAGAAUCUGGAAAACAAGUUUAAAAUAUCAAAGUAAAUGAUUCUAAUUCAAAUAAAAAUAAAGAAUUAUAAAAGCUUGUGUAAAAUAAUAAGCAUUUUGAAUUUUUAUCAAGUGGAAAAAUUAAAUGCCUCUUAACACAUCACGAAAUUUUACCAACUUUAUAAGAAUUUAACAAUUAUCUAAAUGGAAAAAGCUAUAAAAAUGCAGUAGAAAAUGAUAUCGACUUUACCUAAUUUGAACCCUACAUUGUCUAGCAUAAAACUGAUAAAAAUAAAUUAUUUUGUAAUUUGACCCGAUAAAAUAUAAGUAAAAAAAAAUCUGUUGUACUCAAACAUGUAAAUGGAAAGAGAUAUAAAUAUUAUUUAUCCAAGUACUUAGAAGAAUAAGCCAAAGAAGAGCAAGAAAAUUAAUAAGAAAAUUAAGAAGAUGAAGGCUAAAAUGAAUUAGAAGAGUUGAAUAACCUUGUUAACGAAGCAGAGCAGUAAGAAUAGCCAUAGAAAUAAAAAAAUGGAAUUCUAAAAGGAGGAAAAAAAAUAAAUAAAAAGAAGUUUAAACAAUAAAAAGAAGAAAAAAUAGAAGUUGAAGAGGAAAUAUAAAGUAAAUAGAAAAAGCAAUAAUAAGAUGGAAAAUAAGUGAAAAAGUUAAAGAAUAAAUAAUAAAAUGCAUAAGUGGAAUGAAAAUACAAUGACUUUAUUAUGUAUAAUAUCAAUGUAAUCUAAAAAAAUAUUAACAAA